AUGAAGCUCACCACCUCCUCUGCCGUGCCGGUGUAUACCAUCGCCGGCGAGGGUACAUCUCGCCCGCUUCCAGAAUGGCUUGCGCGCAAGCGGCGGCGAAGCCUGAAGAAGGACGCCGAGUAUGCGAAUCGGGUGGAACUCUUGCAGGACUUUGAGUUUGAAGAGGCCAGCCAAUGUGUGCGCGUGAGUGAGGACGGAGAGUGGGUUGUCAGUACUGGAACCUACAAACCGCAGAUCCAUGUGCAUUACCUCCCACACCUGUCGCUGAGCUAUGCACGACAUACAAACACCAUCAACCAGACCUUCAUCCUCCUCUCCUCCGACUACAGCAAAUCCCUGCACCUUCAGACCGAUCGAUUCCUCGAAUUCCACACCCCCGGCGGCCUGCACUACUCCACGCGCAUACCAAGAUAUGGGCGAGAUCUCAAAUACAAUUUGCGCACGGCGGAAGCGCUCAUACCGGCUGUUGGCGUCAAUGCAGAUGGCCUUGGCGAGGUAUACAGACUGAAUUUGGAAGUGGGACGAUUCAUGAAAGGAUUUGAGGUGGACGUCGGAGGAGACGAUUACACUUCUCUUGGGGGUGGCGCACUACAAGGCGGCAUUCGCACCGGCAGUGUGAAUUGCGCAGCCGUGGCUGAAGACUCUCAUGGACUGAUGGCAUUUGGGACUUCGUUGGGCACGGUCGAGUUCUGGGAUGCGAGAAGUCGGAGUCGUGUGAGUGUGUUGGGGCCACCGACAUUGACUUCCAUUCUCGACACCGGCCAGGAGGACUUGCGGCCAGCAGUGACGGCGCUGAAUUUCCAUGCUUCCGGCCUACAUCUUGCAACAGGGUCAAGCAAUGGCUUGAUCCAUACCUACGACCUUCGCUCGCCCGUUCCCCUCCUCCGCAAAGACCAAGGUUACGGCUUCCCCAUCCAAACUCUCGAACAUCUCAAUCCAUCUUCCUCCUCGUCCUCCAUCUCCUCCGACAAACUGCUCAGCAGCGAUCGCAAGUCCAUCAAAAUUUUCGACUCCCAAUCCGGAAAUCUAUGGACAUCCAUCGAGCCAGCGGUCGACCUCAACCACGUCACCUGGGUCCGCGACUCUGGCAUGCUUCUGACCGCGAACGAAGGCCGACAACAGCAUUCCUUCUUUAUCCCUCAACUUGGCCCUGCGCCGAAAUGGUGUGCGUUCCUCGACAAUUUGGUGGAAGAAAUGGCAGAAGACCAAACCACCGACCCCCAGGCAUUCACAUCUCGUACUACCGGCGGCGUGGGCGAGGUCUACGACAACUACAAAUUCGUCGAUCAAAAGGAACUGUCAGCCCUCAGUCUCGAUCAUCUCGUUGGCAGCUCGACGAAUGUGUUGCGACCGUACAUGCACGGCUUCUUUGUGCCGCAGCGCUUGUAUGAGCAGGCACGACUACUCGCGAACCCGGAUCUGGCGCUGCAGCAGCGGCAGAAGAGUAUACAGGAGAAGAUUGACAAGGAACGUGAAAGUCGAAUCAGAGGCAAUAAGAAGGUGGCUGUCAAGGUCAAUCGGAAGCUGGCCGAGAAGUUGGCGGCGCGUGAAGAGGCGAAUGAGAGGAGGAAGGCGCAACGAUUGCUGCGGAAGCAGAAAGAUAACCUCGACGAUGAGCAGGAGGAGGCUGCAGCGGACGUGCCAAUUCCAGAACCUCGAGAUGUCAAGGCGAAGAAGGCGACGACGGAUCUUAUGGAGGACAACCGUUUCAAACGACUGUUUGAGGACGAAGAGUUUGAGAUUGACGAGACGUCGAGGGAAUUCCAGCUGCACAACCCUUCGUCUGCCGAAGUUGGAGGCAGAGCAAGUGAGCCGAAGAAGCGCGGGCUCACUGCCGCAGAGCAAGAAGAUCUCGAAGACAGAAAGGGCUCAUCAAGCGACGACGACGACGCCGAAGAAAGCGAUGACGAGGACACUACAACACCUGCCCAGCGACAGCGCGAAGGCAGACAACUGGACGUCGAACGAAACUCCAAAGGCAGAAUCGGCAGCACAAACUACAAAAAGAGCGGGCACCAAUCGAAAACGCAACGAGAGCAGCAGCAAUCCGGCCCACGAAUGCGCGUCUCCUCCUCCCGCGCAGAUCGCGGACCCCAGCGAGUGCAGAAAUCGCAAUCCUUCGGUGAUCUCGCCGCUGGGCGCGCGCCGAAAUCGCCGGGGCAUGGUGGCGCCAGGGGUGGGGCGCGAGGCGGCGUGGUGGGCGAGAAGCAGGUCUCUUUCACGCCGGCCAAGGCGGAGAAGAAGACGAUGGGAUUCGGGGAUGUGGGUGGGAGGUUUGAACGAAGGGGUGAGGAUAGGAGUGGGCGUGGUGGUGGGAGAGGUGGUCGUGGUGGUGGUGGUGGUGCGCGGCAUUCCAAGGAUCGGAGGAGUGCUUCUGGGAAUACGUUUAGGAGGAUGUAG